AUGGCUCUUGAGUGGCAAGCUGUCAGUGAGAUUGAUAAUACUCUUUGCGGAAAGCUGCAGAAAGUUUUCAGUGAUCCCUGCAAUCUUGCACUUGCAUGUUUUGACGAAGGGAGUACCAUUGAUUUGGUGGAGGAUGCAUUGCAAGGACAAUACCCUCCAGAGAAGAGGCGCAGAUUUGCUAGCAAGCUUCGUCAGUGGAGUCUUGAGGCUGAGCCGAGGGUCAAGCGCGAGGUCUCUUUCCGUGCAGGCACUCUUAAGACGCUGGCCACUCGGGUGGCUGUGCCAAAGAAGGAUGUCGGUGCUGAGUUUGAGUCUUUGGUGUCUAAGAAUCCACAAGUUGGUGUACGCAUCUUGGAACAAGCAUUGCGUCAGAGGAGAAUGGGCACAGACAAUAGCCGUCAGGCGAGGGAAGAGGUCAGUCGCAAGAGGUGGAUCCUGGAACUGGCGACGGUCAUCCGUGAGGCGGGUUUGCCUGCGGCCUCACGUAUCGAUGCUAUGAGCAAUCCGGAAGCUGCUUGGGUUCGUGCCUUUGGAUCUCGUAGAGCAAAGACUUUAAAGAAUCGUGCUGUGGUGUGGCACAAGCUGGCGGAGUGGCUACAGGCUACAUAUUCGGUGUGCUGGCCUCAGUCGGCAGAAGUCGUUCUACAAUACCUUGAAGAGAGGCAUGAGAUUUCACCAUUGGGCAAGACUGUCCCGGGGGCAGUUCUCUCUUCACUGGGCCUCCUGGAGCAGGUUGGUCAGGUGGAUGCCCCCGAUCGCUUGAGUGAGGAUACUCUGCUUAUUGAGGGUGUUCGCUCUUGGAAGGUUGAGCUCGAGCAGGAAUCGGCGCCAGUUAAGCAAGCACCCAUGUUUCCGGUGAUUGUCUUGAUUGCGUGUGAGCUUGUGGUAUGCAACACUUCAGCUGAUACGUGGAGCAGAUUUUAUGCCUUCGUGGUCCUCCUUCAGGUGUGGGCCACCUUGCGCGUAGAUGAUCUUCAGAAUAUCAACCCGGCGAGCAUUACCUUGUCACAGCUUGGGCUUAAGAUGACCCUGGACAGGACGAAGACAUCAGGUGCAGGGAAACAUGUUGGCAGGCUACAAGCGUUUGUCAUGCGAGGUAUUAGCCUUUCUGGAUUCGAUUGGAUCGGUCAUGGCUACCGGUUGGUGAAUUCAGAAGCACUCAAGUUUGAGCGGGACUUCUUGUGUGUUCGCUUCUGCGGUGACAGGGACACUGCUCUUCAAACCUUCAUCGACAGUGAGGAGGUCGCUUUGAACAUACGCAAGCUGCUUCAGGAGCUGCCGAUGCCAGUUAAGAAGUCAGGCAAGUGGACUUACAGUCGUGAUUCACGCAUGCUUCCUGAAGCUGUUGUGCCGUAUUUCACAGGGCAUUCUGGAAGGCACACGUUGCCGAGUUUGGCGGCGGCGGCAGGCGUGGCCAAGGAGCCUCGCGACUACCUUGGGAGAUGGUCUGCAGCCAAGCAUGGCAGCCAAGAUUAUGUGCUUACGUCGCGACAAGUUGUGCAUCAUGUGCAGUCUACCACAUGUCGGGCGAUUCUCGAGGGGGUGCCUUCCCCGGGGAUCGUUGAGGAGGAGAGCUUGAAUGAGAUUCAAGAAUAUUAUGUCAAGCGAGGGGGACCACCACUGCAACUCAAGCGUCAAUUGAAAUGUUUGGAGUGGGAUGAAGAGAGAGGCUCAUGGGCCUUGGGGGGCACAUUCCCCUUGAUUAGCAUGUCUCCUGGGAUUUUGGAGCAGGCCAAAGGGGAUCCUCGGGCCAAACUUCCAGAGGAGACGAUUGGACCGGCGUCGGCUUAUUCUCUGAUGAGCCAUACGGCGGAUGGUCGUGAGAUCUGCUUCGCCUACAACGCCCAGGGCUGCUCUGGCGGCUGCGGGAGGGUUCAUGUUUGCCGAGGGGAUGUGCAUGCAUGGCUAUCGAGCUUGGCGGUUCAGCAGAACUUCGAGUUGCAAAUGGCCGAAUUUGAUAUGGCUCGCGAACCAGCUUCGGACCUCAGUGAUCCGGGUUUCUGGGAUGUUCUCUUCUCGGAGAUCAAGACUGGGCAUGCUGGGCGCAAUGGUCCAAGACCCAUGCGCGAUGCGGCAUUGCUACAGGCGCGAGCAGGCGGUGCAUGGCUGCUCAUUCAUCCUGAGGAUCUGGGCGUUUCUACCUCCGGUCACAGUUCUCGACGCGGCUCGCCGGGAACCUGGAAGCAUGGGCUCAUCAUGGCAUCCAGUGGCCGGCGUUUGAUUCAGGUGGGCAUCGGCCCAUUACAGCCGUGCCGCGUUCACGAUCAUUCUGCUGCUGUCGGCUGGGACGGCACUGCCUGGCGCUCUACCUUCGGCUACCCUUCAGCUUUCUGUGAGUUCAUCGCACGAGCGUUAGUGUCGGGAACAACAUCUGCAUUUGCCACGGACUCAGCGGCAUUGCCUGAGCUUCCACAUGCUGCUGAGGCGUUUGCACAUGAGAUGCUCGCAAAACAUGCUAUUCAGGCUUGUGACAUUGAGACUUUGUUUAGCUUGCUUCCGCACGAGCCGCCGCAUGCUGGUUCCCAGGCGAGCUCAGGCACAGCUUUCUUUACUGGUGCGUGUAGUCUGGGGGGUAUUGCUGGCGUUCGUGCGAAUGCACACAAGUUUCCGCAUGCCACAAAGGUGCUUUGCACCUUCCUGCAUCAGGUGAAAUCCGACUUUCAGUUUACAUCAUGUGCUCUUUUCAUGAAUGUGGCCACGCAGCCACACCGAGAUGCGAGAAAUGCGACUGGCACGAAUCUCAUUGUGCCAAUCAGUGCCUUUAGGAACGGAGGCAUAUGGCGCGAGGACCCUGCAGGCACGGUUCCGUUCAGCUGCGAUGGUGUCACACGCAUGGGCACUUGUCUUGAGGUCGCCUCUGGACCAGUAAUCCUUGAUGCCAGGGAUCGAUUGCAUGCAACACUCGAUUGGCAGGGUGAUCGUCUCGUGCUCAUUGCAUACUCUGUGUCGCAGUGGCAUGCCCUGUCUUCGCACCAUAAGGAUUUCCUGGCUUCAUUGGGUAACAACUUCGAGAAAGGUGCAGUGGGUGCUAGUUCAGAUCACGAGCAUGUCGAGAUUAUCUCAAGUGAAGGUGAAGGAGAAGAGAAGGCCACGGCUUCUGUGCAGAAAGAUGAGAAUGUGGAAGCUGAUGACUUGACGAAUCUUCGUUUCGAGAAGUUCACGACAUCUAAGCGAAUACCUUUCAAGUUGUCUGAGCUUGAUUUUUCUUUGCUUGACAUGUUGGUCGCUGCUCGCGCCUCAUUUGAAGAUGCUCGAGCUUCGCUUGCCGGAAAGUACAUCCAGGGCGAGAAGGUCAGCAAGCGGCAGCGGACUGAGGACAAGACAAGCUGGUGA